AUGAUUCUCAACGAGCCAAUUUCGGCACACAACGUCUCCGCCUAUUUCAACGCCUUCUACGACGCCUACAUUUACGAUCGAGACAAUUUCGCCAACGCGUUUCGCGUCGCCACAAAAUUGCCGACGGUCGCCUCGAUCGUCGCGAAUUCGUUCGCGUUCUACGUGAUUCUCAACGCGAAAACGCGAAUGCUCGAUAGUUAUCGUCGGUUGCUCGAGCUCCAAAUUCUGACGGUCACAAUUCUCGGCGUGAUCGUCGUCGCGCCGACGACGCGCCUCGUUUAUCCGUUUCCGAUUUUCGUCACCGAUCGCGUCGCCGCGCGUUUCGACAAUCUGCCCAUCGCCGUUGUGCUUCUCGGCAUUUUUGUGACGUGUGUGGCGACGAUGCUCUCCGCCGACGCCAUCUUCUGCAAUUUUGUCAAUUGCGCGACAUUUUUGUGCAAUCAUCAAAAAUGGAUAUUCUAUUUUCGAGCGUUCGCCUAUUUUUUGGCAAUCACUGCAAUCGUCAUCAAUUUUAUUGGCCUAAUUUAUGGAACAAAUUGGAAUCAGCGCGAAAUCAAAAUUGAAUCGUUGAAGUUUGAUGCGAGAUUGAGCGAAUUCUACGCGGAAACGCAUUCCUCAAUUAUUAUUAUUAACUAUAUGUGGCUAUUUUUAUUCAUCGAAAUGGCGAUGUUCGUGCUGGGAGUCGUGCCCGCCUUAAUUCUCAUCUCAGGCCUGUUAGUUUGUCGGCAGCAGCGCGAAUUCACAACGGGUCCAAUUCGAAUGGAAACGCCAUGCCAAAUUCGAAUCAUGGGCUCAAAAAUCGAGCUGCAAGGAAUUGAGAAAGUGCAAACGCGCUCCAUUGCAAAUAAAUAUUAUAGCGCGCUUUUCGGACCAGAAAAAAAGUGUUGCUCAAUUUGCAGAACGCUGUAUUUCAUCAAGAAGAACUCGACGACGCAUUCGGCAUUCGUCAUCAAUCAACAAAAAUUGAUAUUCAAAUUGGAGGUUGUGUACACGAUAAUGCUGACCGUCUGCAUAAUGCCAGUGGUGACAUUAUUCGCCACACUCGGCUAUCCGAUUUCGAUUCUAAAACGAUUUCCCACCAAUUUCCUCACAAUUCUACCGAUUUCGGUAUUUCCGAACGCGAAUUGCAUGGUUCCGUUGGUGAUGGUCCGUCCGUAUCGCGAAACCGUGUGGCGAAUCAUCACGCUCAUUUCGACGCUCGUCUCGUCGUCACCGGAUUGGAAUUUUCCGUGGGCGAACUCGCGCAAAGAGAUUAGCACAGAGAGAUACGCACUCGAAACGCACCAGCGUCAACAUUUUCGCCUCGACGGCCGCAUCGUGUUCGUCGCCGGCGUUUUGGAGGCGGUUCUGCCGAGUCUCGUCACACUCUAUGAGACGACCGGCUCGUUGUUCUUCACGAUUCAGCCCAUCGAGUAUUGUCAAAUAAUCUACAUUUGCGUUUUCGACAAGAGCGAGAUCGCCCUGAGCGCACCGGACACCUACGAUUAUUGCACGCAUCCCGGCUCGAUGAAGAUCGUGCCGCAUCUGAGUCGCCUCUGGAUUGUCGACGAGACGACGCGCUUCGAGAAAUCGUUUGUCUAUCGCGACGCGGCGUUGCCAUUUCUGAAGAAGUCGCACAACAAAUACGUUGUAAAGCUUCGACCACACGACAACAUUAAGAACCUCUACGACGAGUCGUACGAGGAUUUCCUCAAGAAUCGCCAAGAGGUGACCAUCGACAUGGAGAACAAAGUGUUUUUGGUGAUCACGCCGAGCCGCGAAUGUAAUGCCGCGUUUCGGCGAACCGACGGCAACAAUUUAUAUUAUUCGCCAAUGAGCGGCCCAUUUACCGAACUCCGAGACUCAUCGACACGAUCGACUCAUUGGCUCGGGGCGACGAAGUACCGAAAACCGCGACUAAUGAUCGAAUCGCAUCGAACAUACAUCGGGUAUCAUCCGCUUCGCAAGAAGGCCAACAUCGACAGGACGAUCGAUCCGUUUCCGAUUCUCAAACGCUACAAAUACAAACUACUCGAAGACGUCGCGUGCUUCAUCGAAAUUCGCCGCCAACAAAAACGCAAGAUCAUGCGUCGCCUCUCCGGCACCACCGUCAAAUUCCGCAUUCCGGAUAAGAAAGUAUCAGGAACCGAGACUCGUUUCGGCAUCGAGUUCACGAAAUGCCGCUUCAUUCGCGUCUGGCUAUCCGACAUCGAGCAUAUGCCGUCGAAUAUAUCGACACACGGCCAACCGCGAGACUUCAUCGAUUUUGCGUUUGACGAUGGCCUCAUUUUCCUUCCACACAGUGACGAAGCCGUUCCGAUCGGAAUUCCCUCGUCGCUUAUCCAUCGAAUAAUGGUCCGAUUUCAUCCGGGCUCCGAAGGAAACACAGUUCGUCUUUUUUGCGUUUCUUUUUUUGAAGCGCUCAUUCUCACAUUCAUUUUGCGACAGGCCGAAGUCCAUAUUGGCGGAAACGAGAAAUUCUCGAUUUUCCAAUAUUAUACGACGUCGGAGCGGGUUGACGAAGAGGAAUUCCGGAUCACCAUGUUCCGACCGCCCGGUUGCGACGCCAUCUUGUAUCGAACGGGCGCCAGUUUGGAGUCGUUCUUCCUCGGACCAACUGACGCGACUGAUCACGGCCAAUUUGGAAGAUGCUAUCAUUUUGAAGUGGAUCAAUAG